GCUGUUGAGAUCGCGGGCUUGGAACCGCCGCGCCUUCAUCGCCGCUGCUCGCCUUUCCUGUCACAGCCACCGUCCCCACCGCGAAGUCCGUCGCCGUUGCUGCAGCUGUCAACGCCGUCGUCCAUGGGUGAGGCAGAGGAGAGAGAUCCGGGAGGAAGGGAGGAUCGAGACCUGUCCAGCAACCGCGCGCAGUUGCCGCUCCUAUCACCGGCCAUCCUCAUCAAAUCCGCCGCCUCCGAAGCUUCUGGCCGCGACUUCUGGCCGCACCUCUACCGCCGGAGAGCGCUGCUGCCACCGAAAACCGCCUUUGAAGCCUGUGUAUGUUGGAAACUGCCGCCGGAACCCCUGUCUUCUUGGUUUGGGUUCCGGUAUUUGCGCGUCGAAAUUAAGGUUGUUAUUGAACCACCGGAGCUUCGGGGAGUGUCAGAGCUGCCGCCUGAUCGGUAUUUGCCGCCUGCCGGAGCUUUGUUUCUCGUGGUGAGGUUAUUUGAUUCUGUUUCAAUUUAUCGUAAAUGUUCCAUUACUAAUUUCGUUCUAUUCCUCUCGAUAUCAACUUCGCUUUAAAUUCCAAUUUAUGUCAGAAAAGU